GCGAUGCUGUCUCCUCUGACUUACUGUACAGGGAAACGAUCGAGCCUGAACUUCAACUGUUAUAAGCUCAUUCCAAAUUUUAUAGUCUAGCCAAAAGUCGUUUUCGGUUUAGCAUCAAGAUUUUUUGUGCGUUUCUGGGUGCAACAUCCCUGUUCUCAAGAUGAAGGAGUGUGUUUUUUUCGUGGUUGCUGUCUGUGUGUGCCAGCUCAGCUUCGCUCAGAUGGACUGUCCCUCCAGUCAGGAACUACAGACCGCCCUCCGUCAGGUCCACAAGUUGCUCACUGCCCAUGAGACCUCGUAUAUCCAAAGCCUCCGCAACCUGAGGAAGAAACUUAAUUUGUUGAAGAACAACACAACUAAAUCCAAUGUCAAGAGUGGCAGCAACAGAAAUGCCACAUGCCCUCUCCCAGAACCACUGGAGAAUGGCCGGAGGUUGGGUGGAGUCCUCACUGUGGGUCACGAGGUCCACUUCCUGUGCAGUCCUGGAUAUGAACUGGUGGGCUCUGAGACCAGGGUCUGCCACGAGUCUCUCAGCUGGAGUGGACCGGAGCCCUACUGCAAGUUGGCUGGGCAGGCUGACAGCUCGGUUACUUCGCCAGUCACCCCAGCUCCUGCUCCGUCUCCUGCCCCCCUCCCGGACUUUGUGCGAGCCUCCCGCUGCAUCCACCUGCAGGGCUCCACCCACUGCACCUGUGAGGUGGGGUACGCCCUGACCGGCACGGACAACAGCAUCUGCACAGACAUCGAUGAAUGUGAGCUCUAUCGCAAGACUCAGUCUGUUCGGCUGUGUAUGCACAACUGUGUAAACACAGCAGGAAGUUAUCACUGCGUCUGCCCUCACGGCUACAAACUCGGCCGAGACUACCACAGCUGCCAAGAUAUUGAUGAGUGUGAAACAGGGCAGCAGAACUGCACACAGGCCCAGGUGUGCGUGAACACAUACGGGGGAUACGAGUGUGUGGCGGCCCAGUGCCCCCACUUCAGAAACGCCACCUAUGUCAAGACCUCCGCUCUACGUUGUGAGCGAAACCCCUGCAUGGUCUGGGACAAGGCCUGCAUCCAGGCGCCCAGCUCCGUGUCCUUUCAGUACAUGGCAGUGGUGUCCAACAUGUCCGCCCCUCGUGUGCUGUUCCGUGUGUCGGCCGCCCGUCUGCUGGGGGACACGCUUCGCUUCGGGCUGCUGGGGAACCGCGGCCGGCGCCACUUCUCUGUGCAGCGAUCGGGUCAGACGAUGGGCCAACUGCUGCUGGUGACCCCCCCGCAGGGCCCAGCCACGCUCUACGCAGAGGUGGAGAUGAGCGAGCUGGAGAAGCGCAAGCUGCUGGGCCGCUACGUCACCAAGGUCACCCUGUUUGUGUCGCCAUACACCUUCUAGAGGGGGACGGAUGAAUAAACGGGGAAAUCCAGAGCCAGUGACAAUCAAGACCUAGGGAGUGGGUAGUGUUUGCCCUGUUUCAGGGCUAUGAUGAUGGAAUUAAUUAACUGUGUGGUCCCACAGUUUAAGGGAAACAUCCCGAUCUUAACGACUAUAUCAGAUUUCACGUAGUUUUGUGAAAAUCAAUCAAAAGAGACUGGAUCUUACUAUUUAUCUUUAUUUUUGAUAGAUACAUUAAGAAAGGUUUGAAGCAUGAUACAUUUUUUUUAUUUGAACCUUUGAAAUGCAGUGCAAUUUUUUGCCCUUAUUUAUUACCAUCUGUAAUCUGCUUUGGUGUUUGGUCAUUAUGUUACCUUAAUCCAGAAGCUGGCAUAUUUAUUGACAUAUGAAAAACACCCUAAAUCAAUUAAAGUAAUCAGCCUUUUUACUUCUGUGUCUUACCAAUCUGAAAUUGUGACAGAAUAAUGAUGGCUAUGUAGGUAGCUUUGUAAUGGCUCAGCAAGUUACAAAGAGUCGUUGUUUGGGUGAUCUAACUCCAGAUUGUUUUUCAAGUGUGUAAAGAGUAGGGAGAGCAAAAGAAACGAGGACAUGGAUACGUAUGCUCUCAAAAAUGUUUCACCUUCGUGGCAAGAAGCCCUGUAUCUCACACCCACUGUGUGAGAGAGAGCUUUGCCUCCAGGGAUUUUUUAAACACAGAA